AUGGAGACCACUGACUUGCUUGAGUAUUUGGUGAUUCCGACACUAUACACCAUUGUGGUCAUUCUGGGCCUUCCCCUGAACCUCCUGUCCAUGUGGAUUCUCAGCAAAAAGAGGAAGAACUCCAUGUCCAUCUACAUGAUAAACCUCACAACUGCAGAACUGCUCUUUCUCUUCUGUCUCCCUAUGAAAAUCGGCUACCACUUCAAUAAGAAGCGCUGGACACUGCCCGAGUUCAUGUGCCACCUAUACGUCAUUCUGUUCUUCACCAACAUUUACACGACCCCCAUGCUGCUCGCAGCCAUCAGCGUCGACCGCUACAUGGCGAUCGUGCACCCACUCAAGGACUCGGCAUGGCGGAAGGCAAAGACUGCAUCGCGCGCCUGUGUCCUGGUGUGGAUUCUGACGACCAUUCACAUUAUGCCGCUGAACGCUGUGACCAUGCUCAAUUACGUCAACGAGACGAAUGGCAGCCAGCAGAUGCGGGCGAUGUGCUAUGAGAAGUUCUCAGAGGACGACCUUCAGUACCUGACGACGUAUCGGCUCUAUUUGUUCUUCUCGCUCUUCGUCACUUCACUGGCCAUAACGUUGUUCUCCUACGCAAACGUCCUGAAGGCUCUGAUUGCAGGCAGAGAGCAGAGGUCAACAGCAAACCGGAUGAAAAAGAACCGGGCUGCGAAAAUGACUCUUGUGGGCCUCAUAAUUUACAUCGUGUGCCUCACUCCGUACAACUCCACACACAUUAUAGGGUUCAUACAAAGCAGAACUAAUGGGUUCUACUGGCAAAGCCUCUCGCUGAUGCGUGAUAUCGGUUUUUGCCUCAGCGCACUGAACACUCUCUUUGAUCCGCUUAUCGUCUAUAUUGCAUCGUCCACAUUCCGCCAUUCCCUUAAAAGAAUGUUCAGAAGAUUGCCACCAAACAAAGUAUCGAUAAUAAUGACGUAA